AAAAGAUAAUUUUGGUUUUGAAGCGGCAGAAAAAUCCACGGAUUUUCGUCUCGACAAGACAGUCGCCAUGGCGAAAAAUAAGGGCAGACGGUCUACAGGUGGAGAGACAAGUCUCUCUAAUGGCGCGGCAGCUAUUCAAGAAUCUGCUCCUGCCGAGGAUUCUCUCCCGAAUUUGGACGAAUCCGCAUUGGCGAACUUGACCAAAAGAAUCGAGCAAAGGCUGAAAGACGGGAAUGGCACACCGAAGAAGGACCACAAAAAGUCCAAGGAUGAUUCAGUCAAUGAGGGAAAGAAGGGUAAAAAGGAUCGAAAGGAUAAAAAGGACGAACGGAAGAAUCCAGCCAAACAAGAUUCCAACAAAGGCAAAAAGCGGGAUCGCAACGGCGAUGUGAUAUCGAGAGAAGAGAAAGAGGCGGGGAAGAAGAAGAAGGACGAGGCAAAUGAUGCGCUGCGACAAGAAAUUUUGGCUCUCGGUGGAAGCAAGGAAGACUUCGAUCUGAUUGCCGGGGUGGACUCUGACUCUGAAGUUGAGGGCCAGAACAUCGCUUCCGCUAAAUCAAAGGAUGGAAACAGCGAAGAUGCGCUGCGCAAGGAACUAUCCAAGAUGCUUGAAGGUGCAGGUCAUAUUGUCCCGAAAGAUAUCGAACAGGAUGAAGAACAGGAGGAAGACGACUCUCAAGGAGAAGAUGACGAGGAGGCUAGCGACCAAAGUCAAGAGGUCUCCGACGUUGAGGAAGACAUCCCAGAAGAUGUCUCCCCACCGGCACCCUCUAAAGCCGAAAAAGAAGCUUUCAAGAAAGAAUCUACCGCCAAAAACCCUACGAAGAAUGAAACGGAAGUGCUUCCCAAGGCUUAUUCUAAGCUGACUGUUCCACCAAAGUCUGACUGGUACUCGACCUCCCUCCCUCCUCUCUCUACAUCCGCAAAGAAUGUCACUGCUCUCCCCCGGCAUCUUGUCGACCGCAUUCACCAACAUGCCAAGUCGUUGCUGGAGAAAGAGAACAAGAUGUAUGCGGAAGCACAGCAAUCGCUGUCAUCAUCCUCCCACAAGUUCUACUCGACAAUUAUGACUUCGGGAACCCUCAGCGACAAGAUUUCAGCUUUGACGCUGGCUGUCCAGGAGUCUCCAUUGCAUAAUACGAAGGCGUUGGAAAACUUGAUAGGGCUCGGGAAAAAGCGGAGUCGUGCCCAGGCGGUCGAAGUUCUCCGAUCUCUAAAGGAUAUGUUUGCGCAGGGAACACUACUUCCCAGUGAUCGUAGAUUGAAGGCUUUCGCGAAUCAGCCGUCCCUUGUGGCAGCGUUCCAAGGCGGUGCUGGUAGCAGAUGGAGCGAGAGAGACCCCCUCCCUGGAGGUCUUCAGCCCAUCCACCUCAUCGUUUGGGCAUACGAAGAUUAUGUUAAGGAGCAGUACUUCGAAGUCCUGAAGAUUCUUGAAGUAUGGUGUAAUGACGAGAUCGAGUUCUCCCGCUCCAGAGCUGUGAGCUACGUCUACGAAUUGCUGAAGGAAAAGCCAGAGCAAGAGUCCAACCUCCUGAGGCUUCUUGUUAACAAACUCGGUGAUCCUAGCAAAAAGAUUGCCUCGAGAGCUUCCUACUUGCUCCUUCAACUUGAGCAAGCCCAUCCUCUGAUGAAACCGACCAUCAUCUCUUCUAUUGAGUCAGAACUGCUUUUCCGGCCACACCAGAGCCAGCACGCCCGGUAUUAUGCCGUGAUCACACUCAACCAGACAGUCUUGAGUACCAAAGAGGAGAAGGUUGCUCUUCAGUUACUUGAUAUCUACUUCUCGCUCUUUGUCACGCUCCUGAAGCCGACGAAGGAGCAAAAGAUCCAAUCCGACCAAAAGCGAGGCAAAUUUGGAAAGGGCGGUAAAAAGUCACAGCAGAAGAACACAAAGGUUAAGGGUCAGGAUCCGGAGGAUGAAUUACGGGAGAAGGUUAUCUCUGCGGUUUUGACCGGUGUCAAUCGGGCUUAUCCUUUCUCUCAGUCUGACAGUGACAGGAUCACCAAACAUAUCGAUACCUUGUUCCGCAUCACACAUUCCUCGAACUUCAACACGAGCAUCCAAGCUCUCAUGCUCAUUCAGCAGAUCACGUACUCGAACCAAAUAUCUGGUGACCGUUUCUACCGGACCCUUUACGAGUCUCUCCUUGAUCCCAGAGUUGCCACGUCGUCAAAACAGUCUCUGUAUCUCAACCUGCUCUUCAAGGCGUUGAAGAACGACUUAAACGUGAAACGCGUGAAGGCAUUCGUGAAACGUCUUGUUCAGAUUCUUGGGUUACACCAGCCAUCGUUCGUCGUGGGCGUGUUCUACUUGAUUCGCGAGCUGGAAAAGAUAUUCCCCGGUCUCCAGUCUCUGGUGGAUCAGCCUGAGGAGAACGACGAUGAUGACGAGGAAGUGUUCCGGGAUGUACCCGAUGAAGAUGAUCAGGAGGCCACAGUCCCGACAACCGACGGGGACUCAAAGAAGCAAAAUGACGCCUAUGAUCCUCGUAAAAGAGAUCCUGAACACAGCAACGCUGAUAAGAGUUGUCUGUGGGAACUUCUUCCCUACCUAUCGCAUUUCCAUCCGUCUGUCUCUGUCAAUGCAUCCCAUCUCAUUGACCAUAGUCCUAUGUCGGGCAAAGCGGAUAUGACACUGCAUACACUGACGCACUUCCUUGACCGUUUCGUUUACCGUACUCCGAAGGCCAAUGCUGGUACUAAAGGUUCUUCCAUCAUGCAACCGUUGGCCGGAGGUGACACUAGUGGUCUCCUCGUCACCGUUGGUGGCGUGGCCGGCAAAGGAAAACAAAUGGAUCCUGUCAACUCAGAAGCAUUCUGGCGCAAAAAGGCCGAGGAUGUCGCGGCAGAGGAUGUUUUCUUCCACGAGUACUUCAACCGUAUUGGCAAGGACAAGACUCGCAAAGGAAAGAAGGGAGCCAAGGACCCGGUUGACCGGGAUGAGGAGGCCGAUGUCGAUGCCAGUGACAACGAAUCCGAGAUUUGGCAGGCAAUGCUGGACUCCAAGCCUGAUCUUGAAGGCAUUGAUGACGAUGAUGCGGAUCUCGACGACGCAUCCGAUCUCGAGGAGUUCGACUACGAUGAGGACGAGGACAUGGAUGAAGAGGGAGACGAAGGGGUCAUUUUCAAUGACGAGAGUGACGAGGCUGAGGAAGAGGAAGAGGAAGCGAAGCCUACGAAGCCCACGAAGGGCAAGAAGGCGGCAGAGAAACAGCCAUCCGACGAUGAGGCUGACGACGAUGAUGUUUUCGACAUGGAUGUCUCUGACGACGAAGCGUUCCGUGACAGUGACGAAGACCUACCUUCGGACAUGGAGAUGGGUGGUGUUGAGAUUCCGUCUGCGGAACCAGAAGAUACCAAAGACAAGUCUGGUCGGAAGAAGAGGCGCAAGCUCAAGCACCUGCCGACCUUCGCAUCUGCGGACGACUAUGCCGCCUUAUUGGGAGACGAGGAGGAUGGUAUGUAAGCUUUUCUCUUGGGGGAUUUUCACUUCGAGCUCACUUCAGUCAUGUAAAUUCCUUUGUUUGUGGUAGAUAUCUGAACUGCAUACAUUCCCCUAGUUUAUCCUUUUUACUUCUAAAAUAUCAACGGUUAUCUACGCGAAUUCUAGAGAGAAACUAGAUAACAG